GCUUUCCCCUCAUGCUGAGGGAGGAUCCAGGAAGGUUGCCAGCUGGUGACAGAGGCAAUGCUCCACUGACACACAGCAGCAAGCAAGCAAGCGAGCAGGGAAGACACGCUGGAAGAAAAAAGCUAAAAAGCCUCAGUCGCCAUGCCUCAGUUUUCAGACCUCGAGAAUGCCAUCAACACACUGGUCACCCAGUUCCACUCUGCUUCAGCUGACAAUGGUCCCACGCUGAAAACUGAUGAAUUCAAAGGUCUGCUGUCCUCCCAGAUGCCUAACCUGGUAAAGGGGGUCGGCACGGACCAGGGAAUGAGCGAGAUCCUGCGAAAGAUGGGUGUAGGCGACGGCGAGGGCAUCUCUUUCAAGCAUUUCUGGAACUUAAUCCAGUCAUUAGCCACCUCGCAGCACAGCCUCCUCAGUGGCCAAGGCUCCUCGUGCAGCUGCAUCCUCCUGUGAAGAGCAGGCUCUCAGCCCGAUACAGUCUCCACCCUAAAAUGUAACUAAACAAGAGUAACACAUCCCUCCCCGCAUCAGGUGUCAGACAGAAUACAAACGUGCAAAGUCUCAUCUGCACACAGCAAACUAUUCCCAACAUUUAUCACUAGUAUAUUAGUUUCUUAAUCCUGUGGUCUCUGUCUGACAGGUUUCCACAUUACGCUUCUGCCAGUAUACUAUCCUUUGCACCAGCUCAAAUACAUUUUUAAAGGUUUUAAGAAUCAAACUACAAUUUGAACAAAU